AUGGACGUUCUGACUGAAAAACCGGAUAUAUCAAGGGAAAUUGUUGAUGAAAAUGGUUUAAGGAAACCAAUUGGUAAAAAGGAAGACGAACAUAGCAAUGAAGACAUAAACCUGGUUGAUUCAUCGUCGCCCAUUGCUGAUAUAAUUGCCGCAAGUGAUACAGAGGAUGAAAGUCUAAUUAAUUCACUGAAUGCCGGUAGAAAGAAUAUUUCUUUUGACGAACAGUCUCCUCUUUUUAAAGUUAGUGAUACCAAGGAGCCUGAUACCAGACAAUUGGAUACUGAGGAUCAGAGCGGAUCGUGCAAUGAGAACAUGAUAAAUGAUGAUUUCUUACUGUCAAAUAAUAAAACCUUUAUAGAAACGAAAGAGAAUAUACCCAAAGUUGAUACAAAGAAGAAAGGUUUGCAACGUUUGGAGGGUCAAGAGAGGAAAAGGAAACUUGAAUUAGAUCCAACUAAUGUUAAAAUGAAUGAGGGACGUGUAUUAAGGUCAAGAAAAUAUCAAUCUAGUCUGUCUUCAUCUGUGGAGACCUUCUCGUCUGGCCCUUCAGAUGAACCUCGAGGAUCUCAAGAAUCUGAUGGUUCUGAAUACGCUGAUGAAAGUGAUGAGGUUGCUAGUGUAAUUGAACUAAACGAAAGUGAUAAUGAGGAUAAUGUUCCUGUGAAUACUUCCUUAAAUUCUGUGAAAGAAGAUGACUCUUCUACUGAAACGGAUGAGGACAUAAUUCCUCUCGCUCAGGCCAAGCGGAAAGGAAAAGGAAAAGGACGACCCAUGUCUCAAGUAUCUUCGUCUCCUUCUAGAACUCCUUCAACUCGAAUACCACCGUACGAAAGGACCCAUCACCGAUUAGUUAGAAAUCACCCUGAGCUGGACAAUGUAUGGGAAGCUCUCGAGCGGGAAGCUCCAACGCAGGUACAGCAGAUAGAACAACCAAAGGAGUUAGUAUUAAAUCUUUUACCAUUCCAGCGAGAAGGUGUAUAUUGGCUCCGUCAUCAGGAAGAAUCUUCCUUUGGAGGAGGAAUUUUGGCAGAUGAAAUGGGUAUGGGUAAAACCAUCCAAACAAUUGGUCUUUUACUUUCUACACCUCGAGGGGAACCGACGUUGGUUGUAGCUCCCGUAGUUGCUAUAAUGCAAUGGAAGGAGGAAAUUGAUGUUCAUACUAAUAAAGCAUUAAGCACAUAUCUGUAUUAUGGCCAAUCCAGGAACAUUUCUAUGGAGAAUUUGUCAAAAUUUGAUGUAGUUUUGACAAGUUACAACGUGAUUGAAUCGGCUUAUCGAAAAGAACGUUCAGGAUUUCGCCGUAAAGAGGGGCUUGUCAAGGAGAAAUCCUUGUUACAUAAUUUAGAAUUUUACAGAAUCAUUUUAGACGAAGCACAUGGUAUAAAAUCCAGGACUUGUAAUACGGCAAGAGCUGUUUGCACUCUUAAAACGAAGAGGCGGAUUUGCCUUUCGGGUACACCUUUGCAAAACAGAAUUGGCGAGUUAUUCUCCCUACUUCGAUUUCUACGCGCUGAUCCAUUUGCUUUUUAUUACUGUUUGCAAUGCGAUUGCAAGUCUCUUCAGUGGCAGUUUUCAGAUAGAAGUAAUUGUGAUCAUUGUGGUCAUAAACCGAUGAGUCACACUUGCUAUUUUAACGCGGAGAUGUUGAAGCCGAUACAGAAGUUUGGAAGCGAAGGACCUGGAAGAGCUGGCUUUGCAAAAGUUCAUCGACUUUUGAACAACAUUAUGCUUCGACGAACAAAAUUAGAGAGGGCCGAUGAUUUGGGACUUCCUCCUCGUGUCGUAGAAGUGCGACGAGAUUUAUUUAAUGAAGAAGAAGAAGAUGUUUAUCAGUCACUUUACAUGGACUCCAAAAGGAAGUUUAACACUUAUCUUGCACAAGGUGUCGUCUUAAAUAACUAUGCAAACAUUUUCCAAUUGAUUACUAGAAUGCGUCAAAUGGCAGAUCAUCCUGAUCUUGUCUUGGCGGGUAAGACGAAAACUGUGGACAUCGACACCCAAGAAAAUAUAGUUUGUAGAAUAUGUGAUGAAGUUGCACAAGAUGCCAUCGAGUCUAGAUGUCAUCAUACAUUUUGUCGGCUAUGUAUUUCUGAAUUUUUAAACGCUGCUGGUGAAUCAGAAGAUGUUACAUGUCCUGCGUGUUUUGUUCCGCUAAGCAUAGACCUCAGUGCACCUCCCAUGGAAGAAUUUUCAGAAGAGAAAUUUAAGAAUGCGUCAAUUCUUAAUCGUAUUGACAUGAGUAAUUGGCGUUCUUCUACCAAAAUCGAAGCCUUAGUUGAAGAAUUAUAUCUUUUGAGAAGAAAAGAUAGGACCAUAAAAUCAAUUGUAUUUUCUCAGUUUACUUCAAUGCUUGAUCUGAUUCAUUGGCGACUUAGAAAAGCUGGGUUUAACUGCGUUAAGUUGGAUGGUGGUAUGACUCCAAAAGCAAGAGCAGCAACAAUUGAGGCCUUUAGUAAAGAUAUAAACAUCACCAUUUUCCUUGUUUCUCUAAAAGCUGGUGGCGUUGCCUUGAACCUUACUGAAGCUUCUCAGGUGUUUAUGAUGGACCCAUGGUGGAAUGGAGCUGUGCAAUGGCAAGCCAUGGAUCGAAUUCAUCGAAUUGGGCAAAAGCGACCAAUUCGUGUUACUACUCUCUGCAUCGAGAAUUCCAUUGAGAGUAAAAUUAUAGAACUUCAAGAGAAGAAAGCACAGAUGAUCCAUGCUACAAUAGAUCAAGAUGAAAAGGCUCUCAACCAACUCUCGGUAGAUGACAUGCAAUUUUUGUUUUCCAACUAA